AUGCCGUUGACGCCCGCCGAGGUCUCGUUUACUGCCGACUACGCUGCCGCUACAGAAGUCUCGUCUAACGCCGCUGCCACCGAGGUUUCGUCUACUGCCGAGGACGCCGCAGAGGUCUCGUCUAACGCCGCCGCCACCGAGGUUUCGUCUACUGCCGAGGACGCCGCAGAGGUCUCGUCUAUCGCCGCCGCCACUGAGGUUUCGUUUACUGGCGACGAAGCGACGCCGCAGAGGUCUCGCGUUGGGGCUUUGGCUGUGUCGGCGGGGGUCGCUCCGGGUUCCUGGACUGGCUCUCCGCCUGGUGACCCCUGUGGGGGGGCGGUGUGGACCCCCUUGGGCUGGAGGAGACAGGUCCCCCCUUUUGGUGGAGGUUUCCUUGUAUGCCAGACCCACCACACCGGCAUCUACCAAAACUCAAUAGAGUUUGUUCCCCUUGUGAGGAGCAAAACCCACGAUGGACUGACGAGCUCCAACAACGAUGCUGAUGGACAGAGAGGGGAUGGACUUGCCAGCCUGGAGGCGGGACCUGUGAGGUCUCUCAGCAAAUCGUUGAGUUUCUUCUCUCUUCUCCGACAUGGAAGUUUUAGGUCAAGUGAAAAUGGAGGGGCGGGACUUGUCAGAAGAGGGAGGGGCCUUAAGGGCUUCUUUAGCAGCAUGCGAUGGAGACGUAAAGAAAAAACAAACGAGGGAGAUGGGGAAGAGGUGGAAGGUAAGAAGGAAAAGGAUGGAGAUACCGCUGACUCUGAAAAGGUAAAGGAUAUUACUCUAACCCUUGAACCACCUCCGCAUCAUCACCAGGGGGACUGUGGGAAUGCAGAAGCAGGACACAACCUCCAAGCAGCAGAGACUCCCACUACUAGUGUUACCAUAACACCCCCACACUGUGUUGCCAUACCAGGACCAUCUGGUGAGCUAGACUCCCCCUUUCCUUACACACCUACUGACUCGCCACUGCCCUCCAUCCAAAAAGCCAAAGCAUCAAUUUCCAGCCUCACCCCCUCCCUUGCUACACCCCCAUUGGAUCGCUGCAGCACGGGCAACCCACCCUCGGAGCCUUCGGUGGUCACCUGCUCUCUCCUCUUCACUGACGUCACGUCCCUCAAGAGCUUCGAUUCUCUGACGGGCUGUGUUGACAUUAUUGCUGGUGCAGACGAGGAGGGGCCAGUGGGUAAUGGGGGCAGUGGCACUAGCAGCAGCAGCAGUGGGGGAGGAGGGGGGAGUGUGGGAGCCAGCACUGGGAGACAAGUUGGUAUGACCAGUGCCGCAUGUCGGGGUUCCCCAUCUAAACCCUCUAUAUCUUCCCAGCUGACCCAGCCCAUGUUCUCUGUCUCCCCAAGUUCAGUGUCUGCCUCCCUCCCGGCCUGCACCCGGGCGCCUCCUCCACCACAGCAGCACCCGGCUGGUAGUGGUGUGGUGGCCUACAUGGGUGGAGGGGAAGAAAUGGCAAACCCAGAAGGUGUGGAUGAUGCUGACAUGCAGGGGCUCUGGCACAUGCUGCCUUCCACAGGAGACAAUUCUAGUGUCGGACUACACUAGAAUAAGGGGUUUUGUUCACUUGAGAAAGUCAUAAGGAGACUCCAAAAAGCUGGGUUAAUAUUUCACAGCUCUCACAGGAACUUUUGAAGUUGGCUAUUGACAAUCCAUGGAUUUGCAAAAGACACACUGGCCUUGUAAGUUCUUGGAAAAGCUCCUGACCUGCUGACAGUUCAAAAGCCACUUUGACUGGAAACAAAAAGCAGAGCACCUUUUUAUAUUUUACAUUUUUCUUAUGGAAUUCCUCUUGGCAUAACUCAAUUUGCUGGACCUAAUCUAAUCAAAGUUUAUUAUUGUUAUUAUUAUUGUUAUUGUUAUUAUCAUUAUUAUUAUUUUGUCAUUUUGUCUAAUCCAUAACAAAUUACCUCCUAAUCCUCUGAUUUUAGAGCCAAAGUUUAAAAAAACACAUAUUCUUGAUUUUACAGCUUCUAUUAGUCUGAAACAGAUUCAACAAUAUACACAGCCUUGAAUAACCUACAAUUUUUUUUUUGUUUGGCUGUACAUAUUAGUCACUUUUUGAAGAUGGUCUUCUUCUGAUCACACACUAUAAUUAAACUGGAUGUGCAAAGAUACAAACGGACACAGAUCUAAACCAUUUUCAUUACUUACCUGCUUUGCAGUAACAAACAGAAGGCCACACAGCUCAUGUUUUUGGAGGGGGAUACAUCCUCUAUUUUUAACUGGUUAAUUUUUUAUUCUGGAUGGACUAAGCUUGGCUUUGGGCGGUUGCAUAUGGAUCUCAUUUAUACCCUACUGCAUCACAGGACGUGCAUUCAUAGGAUGUCAGUCUCUGGGAUUUACAGCUGUUUUUUUCAUUUCCAAUGGAAACCUGCAAAACUAUCGCAAUACUUUACCUGGAGGGACCCUUGCACUGAUACUUCAUUACUCAUAGGCAGACACUCAGCACACACAUGCAUACAAAAUCAUACUUGCACACACACAGUCUCUCUUGUUCUCUGCAUUCAGUGCCAUACACCCGAGGCACAAAGGUCAGGGAACAUCAUCUAAUGCUGAAGGAUCUUAUAUCCGCACACUGUUCAACCUUUGGCACUGUCUUUGUAGCUACACUGGAUAACUUUUCUCUCAAAGGACACAUGCACAAACACAUUUUUUCUAGUUAGUACUUUUUUUCUUCACUGGAUUUCAUACUGUUUUUAUAGGCUACUCUUUCCUAAAUCAUUCUGCAUGGAUCUUAAACUGUGAUUGCACCAGCUUCUUAUCACUCUGCUUUCUUUUCUCUCUUUUCUUCUCUACUAGCAUAGCCACUGUACAGGUUGAAGUGAGUGGAUAACAAAGAGGCUUUCUGUAUGUCAGCCAGUUUAAGAGAGCCAAAAUAUACUACAAAGCAAAAUUUGGAAACUGAUUCUGAGUCGGUUCAGAGACCUUCACCCUUCUAGCUUGGAAAAUCCAAACCGAAUCUCCAUGUAAUCUCCUAUCUCCAUGUUAGGAGAUACAGGAGAAUCAGUUUGGCAUUGGGCGAAUCGAAUCGCAUUUCCCUCCCGGGAAAGUUUGGCAUGACCAAUCAUAGCACGGGAGGCGGGAGUUAAUGCUGCGUCAUCUUCAGCGCCUGGAUUACCCAUAAAACACCUACGCACCUCCUGUAACCAAACACAAACAUUAACAAAGUUAUUCCUAACACCGCUAAUUGUUCGGAAGGAGUCUUUUGUUGCGUAGCCUUUUCAAAAAUAAGUGUUGUACUUGAGAGUACCCCACGUAUUCGCAGAUUUUUGUGACAAAAACAGCAGUAAUCAUUCACCGCGACACUUUCUCGGCUGCAUGCCAUUGUUGUUUGGACUACAUGGACUUCAAGGUCGAUUUGUUUGUGCGUCACAUCCGUGUUAUGCUGAUUGGUUCUUUCUCGUUCAAGCUGCAUUCAUUAGCCCCUCCUUUUUGAAAUGGUCUCCUAUCAUCACAAUGCCAGACUGCCUUUAUUUGUAUUUAUAUUAAUACAUAAAUAAAGUCAGUCUGGAUUUUCCAGGCAAUCACCCUUCUUCUUCUGGCUGUUGUACUAAUAAACAUUGUAUGACUUAAUUCCAGGAACCACCUUGUGUGUGAAUCUGAAUGUAGCCUGACAUUGUUCUAGAUCACUGGUUAAUAUAUAUUUUCUUGUAUUUGUUUGUUUUCCUCUUUGCCCCUGUUUUGUAGGGGCAAGGCUUUGAAAAAUGAGGACAAACUACUACACAGUGGGUGUAGCCUUGCAAAAAGUGCCACUUGUUUUAAAAUUGAGGGAGUGUAUUGCAGUCUUAUAAGGCCUUUGUUAGUGAUUCAAUGACACAAGUUAUAGGGAUUUUCAUAGGAAAAGACGUUGACGAUGAUGCAAGUUUUCCCUAAUCCUAACCACCAGGCCACCAUUGACAAUUGAGGGUCAUUCUAACUCAUGAUAGCUUUCAAUCUCAUUUAGAAUGUAAUGAUUGAUCCACAGCAUUGCUCCAGGUUCAGAUAUCUUUUCAGCCCCCUGAUGGUGUAGCAUAGGCAGACCAUGGAGUAACCUGAUUCCAGGUCUGCAGUAGGAACGUUUCUAUGCACAUAAAGAGGGCAGACUAAAGGUCACUUGGGGAGAGAAUGCUCACCUUGGUUCAUGCUUUCUCUGCCUAUAUUGUGCUCUUUAUUCUUUCAAUUUAAUCUACAUCCACGAUUCCCUUCUAUUGAGUUCUGAUUGACAAAUGAGUGAUUUAAUGAAAAAAAGGUGAUGACAUUUUGUUGGGUAAUACAUAUGGCAACAAUGUGAAUCUCCAAAGUAGUUCUAGUAAAAAAAAUUAAAAAUCAGUUGUCAUGAGUGUAGAUUGUCGAAACAAAUUAUUUGCUUGAAGGGUUCAAAAAAGCUCAUUUUGCUUCAUAAAUGGGAACCCACACUGCUGCCAAUGAAAUUACAUUAAUGCUACAAUUAAGCAAGAGAAUGCAGAUAUGAAUGGGACAACUGAUCAUUAUGUGUCAUAUGUUUCACCAGUUUUGUUCCAAUAGGGCAUCCCUUUCUGUUGAUGUCACUCUGUUCUUAAUAACAAAGUUUGUGUUACUAGAACUUCCCUGUUCCUUCACCUCUUCCAGGUCUGACAUGCUGAAAAUGAAAGUUUAUCCAUUCCACUAGCGUAUACGUACAUACCCCUGAGGCCACAAUAUUGUCCCCAGAUUCAGUUCCUUAUUUUUUGCUGACUGAUGCUUCUCUUUUUCUGUUUCAUUAUAAAUGUGGGCCUUCCUGUGAUCACUUGCUGCAAAGAAGAGCCCAUUAUGUUUUAUAUUUCCCUUUUUUUGUUAGCGUGUGUCUGUUUUACAGUGUGAAAUCCUUCCACUAUUCAUUUUUAAUGAAUAUUAAAAAAAAAAUCAAAGAGUUUGUUCCCCCGGUCGCUGAUUCAGUGGAGAUUGCUGGAUUAGUGUCUGUGGAUCUCACUCUGCUUCAUCUAUCCUUUCUGUGGUCUCCUGACAACUUUCUGAUUGAUCCAGUUGGGAUUCUGUUGUAUCUGGUGUUUGUGAAGGGUCUUGGAUUUAUAACUGGUUUCAAGG